GCGGGGCGGGGCAGAGGGCUAAAGGGGCGGGGACACGGCGCGGGGCAGUGUGGGGUGGGGGCGGAACGCCGCCUGGCCGCGGGUCGGGUACUGUGUCAGCGGCCGAGCGGGCGCUCGCACGGGAGAUGGCGGGCUGUGCGGCCCGGCGAGCCCUGGCCGUGGGCAGCCGCUGGUGGUCCCGGUCACUGACCGGGGCCCGGGGGCCGAGGCCGCUCUGUGCGGCGGGUGGAGCUGGAGCUUUCCCGCCAGCGGCCACAACGACGACGCGGAGGCACCUUUCGUCCCGAAACCGAGCAGAGGGCAAAGUUUUGGAGACAGUUGGUGUGUUUGAGGUGCCAAAACAGAAUGGAAAAUAUGAGACUGGGCAGCUUUUCCUUCAUAGUGUUUUUGGCUACCGAGGUGUCGUCCUGUUUCCCUGGCAGGCCAGACUAUAUGACCGGGAUGUGGCUUCUACAACUCCAGAAAAAGCAGAGAAUCCUGCUGGCCACGGCUCUAAGGAGGUGAAAGGCAAAACUCACACUUACUAUCAGGUGCUGAUUGAUGCCCGAGACUGUCCACAUAUAUCUCAGAGAUCUCAGACAGAAGCUGUGACUUUCUUGGCUAACCAUGAUGACAGCCGGGCCCUCUAUGCCAUCCCCGGCCUGGACUAUGUCAGCCAUGAAGACAUUCUCCCCUACACCUCCACUGAUCAGGUUCCCAUCCAGCACGAGCUCUUUGAAAGAUUUCUUCUGUAUGACCAGACAAAAGCACCCCCUUUUGUGGCUCGGGAGACACUACGGGCCUGGCAAGAGAAGAAUCACCCCUGGCUGGAACUUUCUGAUGUCCAUCGGGAGACAACUGAGAACAUCCGUGUCACCGUCAUCCCCUUCUACAUGGGCAUGAGGGAAGCCCAGAAUUCCCACGUCUACUGGUGGCGUUACUGUAUCCGCUUGGAGAACCUCGAUAGUGACGUGGUACAGCUCCGGGAGCGACACUGGAGAAUAUUCAGUCUAUCCGGCACCUUGGAGACAGUGCGAGGCCGAGGGGUGGUGGGCAGGGAACCAGUGUUAUCCAAGGAGCAGCCUGCGUUCCAGUACAGCAGCCACGUCUCCCUGCAAGCUUCCAGUGGGCACAUGUGGGGCACGUUCCGCUUUGAGAGGCCUGAUGGCUCCCACUUCGAUGUCCGGAUCCCUCCCUUCUCCCUGGAAAGCAAUAAAGAUGAGAAGACACCACCCUCAGGCCUUCACUGGUAGGCCAACUGAGGCUCUAAGUGCCCAGGCUUGGCCCCUGAAGAACAGCUCUCAUCCCACAAUUGCUGCAGAACUCUCUCCAUCAUGGGCCACAGUGGGUCUCUUAAUUGUUUGCACCAUUUGAUUGUGGGGUUGUUUUUUGGUGGGUAGGAUGUAACUGUUUUCUCCAGAAGACCCGUGUAGGACUCCUCCAAGGCUGGCCUCCCCUGUAAGCCCUGGCUGCACUGUGUUCCAGGCAACCUUUCCACCAGGAACUCUCGUGUUAAGCUGCCACAGGCCUGGAGGAGUUUCUUGGCCUGUCACACAAGUUGUUUAGAAUGGAGGUUUGGUCAAUAAACCAGUGCUCGCUUGGCCACCCUCGCCAUUUCUGCCCCCAGGUUCUCAGGCUCCCUUUUUGACCCAGUGGGGGCCCUUGAUUGCUUUCCUUGCUGCCCUUCCAGGAAGCUGCCCCUUCGGUUAGCAUAUAUGUUUCCCUCCUGAGGCUGUGGGUUAGCUGGACGUCUCCCAGGGUCACUGUGCCUCUCAGCUGGUGGGGUGGGGGCCAGACUGGACUCUUGUUCUCUUCUUUACCCUCUGCCAAGUGCAGAGUGGGAAGCCAGCAUCAGGGUCAGAGGAGUGGCCCGCCUCUUAGCACUGGCCAACUAUUGGCAUCUCUGGCUUCCCUGGGCCUAGGAGAGGCAUGAGGCAAGCCAGUCGGAUUUCCUGGAGCAAUGGACUUGCCAGCCAUGAGCACAAGUCUGUCAAGCCUCCAGACAACAAAUGCAGAAACUCAGCCGAGGAGCUUUAGGCGUGGAUGGCAACUAAGCCAAGCUACUUUCUGAGCUGCUCGCAGAUCUCCAAGAGCCAGAGAUGAAAUGUGCUGCAUUUUGUCCCGAUUCUUAGGAUUCCUGCCCCCUGCACUACCAUAGUGAUUGUUAAAGAGGUUGUUUUAUUCUUGAAUUAAUAUUAAAUCUCAGUUCCAGUCCUUAUUAGUGUUGUCCUUAAUCCUCCAACAGGGGGAACUGGGGUUGCAGGGCAACUGAGUGCAAUUGGACUUAAAACCCAGCAAGAACACAGUCAGGUGGUGAACAGAAAAACAAGAACUAUGUCCACAGCAGCGAGCUGACCAAGCUAUACUCACUGUAAGCACGGCUCUGUACCACUGGUGUGUAACACAAUUUUAUUAGAAAUUAGUGUUUGUUUCCAUCACCUAUGCUGAGCAACAAAGAAUUGCAGUUACAUGAUAAAGAAGUUCUCUCAUGUCAGGACCUGUGUCAUCCUUCAGGCAGAUCUUGAUCAGAUAACAAAUUGAAUAAAACCAAAUACUGGUAGGUGUGGUUAAGAGCAGUUUUCUCAGAAACUGACAAGAAGAUUUGA